UUGCGCGAGCCGCCGGCCGACUCCGGGGGUGGCGCACGCGCACAGGGUUUUGAGAGAGGGCGCGCGGGGCGGCUACUAGUGGCUGUUGGUGGCGCGAGGGCUUCGUUCCAUCCGGGUGGGAGGGGCGGCUCGCGGUCUGCUUUUUGCAAGCUGCCAAAAAUUAAAAAAAAAAAAAAUUAGAGGCAAGCAACCGCCCGCCGCGCGAGCAGCUGAAAGGAGCAUGUCUGCAGGCAGGGCCAAGAAAGUGAAGAUGGCCACCAAGUCCUGCCCAGAGUGCGACCAGCAGGUUCCCGUUGCAUGCAAAUCCUGUCCGUGUGGUUAUAUAUUUAUUAGUCGAAAACUCUUGCAUGCGAAACGUUCGGAAAGGCUGCCCUCCUCUUCAGAUAGCAGAAGCGAAGCCAAGAGAAGACGAACAGAGAGAGUCAGAAGAGAGAGGAUUAACUCUGUGGUAAAUAAAGACUUAGAAAACAGAAGACGGUCCAGAUCCAACAGCCAAUCAGACCACAGUAGGAGAGGAAGAGGGCGGCCAAAGACUGCCAAAAAGCAUGAAGAAGAAAGAGAGAAACAGGAGAAAGAAGUUGAUAUGUACGCAAACCUAUCUGACGAAAAGGCUUUCGUAUUUUCAGUGGCCUUGGCAGAAAUAAACAGAAAAAUUAUCAACCAGAGACUUAUUCUUUGAUUAUCUGGUGAGCACAAAUGCAUGCAGUGAUGUUCAGUCCGAGUAGUGGAUCUCGAACAUUCGAUGGCCUCUUAAGCUGCGCAUGCCAACAUCUGCAUCAGUGAAGGCUGUAGCUUUUUCCUGGCUGAAACUCUGCUACUGCUGCUCUUUGGGGAGCCUACAGACUGUGUUGUUCCAGCUAAUUGUCAAGAAGUAAAAAGAUCAGUACUCUGCCGGGGUGGGGGUGGGGGGAGAAUCAAAAGCAAAGACCCUUUAAUUCUACAAAGGCAGCUUCUAGAAGAAUGUACAAAGUUCGCUCUUCUGAACAUUUGCUCUAAAUUUGCUGCCUAAAAUGCAAUAUUUUAAUUAACUUAAACUUCCUCUACUACAUAGAUUCCAGAUUUUCAACUGUAUUGAAGCUUACAUGUAUAUAGUUAUGCUAACCUUUUAAUAAAUUGGUAUUCUGGUAUUUUAUUGA